UAAACAUAUAUUCUUGGGGUGGCUACUCUGAAUUUUCGGAUCCAGGAUUAAGAGGCAUUUCCUAUAGUUUCCUGGUCUUGGACAGUUGUCUUCUGGGGUCUAAGUAAAAAUUACCUGUCUGUAUCAACUCGUUUAUACAGAUAGGGCAUUUGAUUUGAUAUAUUGAUUUUUUUUUUUUGUUCAAAUUAUAGUUACUGUUCUUUUUGCGUGUGGUUUCUCUCUUAAAUUUUUUGUAGUUUAUAUAAUGGAUCAAACAAUGGUUCCGUCUGUGGAUGAGUCUCAUUCUGGGGAUACUAAGCAGAAUGAAGAAAAUGCAACAAAUGUCCCUCCUCCGAGGAAGGAAUUGCGCACCAAAGCUUCCAUGAUGAUAAUGAUGGUAGAACACGAUGAUGUUGACGAUGAAGAUGAAAGUCCAAAAGAAUUGGAUCAGGCUACCAUGUCUAGCAUGUGCAUGUUGCCUGCAGAGAUCGCCUUGAGAGAACAAGCACGACGACUUUCUGAGAUGAGCAUGAAGGAUGCUCUUGCUGAAGCCUUUAUUGAAUCUGAGACCAGGAGAAUGUCUCUUAUCGCCAUCCAUUCAGCCUUUUCAGCAGCUGCAAUGUUGCAGUCAGACGAGAGUCGCCCAGCUAAACGCAAGCCCAACUUCUUCAGAAGAUUUAUUUCUUGUUGUUUCUCCUGCAUUGGUAGAAGGAGCCGUUAAUUUUUAUUGUUGUAUUGUUAGCUGGUUAUUUAAAAUAAAGUACAUGUAUUCUAACU